ACAUUUAUUGAGUGUUAAGGUGACUGGUGAGCUGUCAGACUGACCACACUUCCUGUACUACUUGCAAUAUGGACCAUUACAACAACCUUGUGACGACUGUCCGACAACUCGUGUCUACCAGAAUGCAGGAGUUAGAUAUAGACGAGAGUAUCUUGGUGCCGGCCGCCCUUACAACCAGCGCCCUAGCCCUCUCCUACGUCAUGUACAGACAAGCCUUCUCUCUCCCACCCCGCCGAGCUCUGCCACCUCAACUGACGAAAGAGGUAGACGCAGCCACGUGCGAGAGAACCUCAAUAAUACCCGACCUAGCCCCAGAAUAUCUUGACAGGUGGAAAGAGUUUAAGACUGCUUAUGAUUGUUUUCAGAAUGGAUUAAAGAUCAGUCCUCACGGCCGGUGUUUGGGAGAAAGACCGGGACCCGAUCAGCCAUAUGGCUGGCUAGACUACACUGAGGUAUCAGAAAAAAUAAAACGAAUGGGCUCUGGGCUUAUCGCAUCUGGGUUUAAACCUGGUCAGGACACGCUUGUGGGUAUCUUCGCACAGAACAGUGUUGCGUGGCACAGCACUAUGCAGAUGUGUAACCACUACAGCAUGGUCCUCGUUCCCUUGUACGACACUUUAGGUGAACAAGCUGUUCAGUUCAUACUGGGUAAGACGCAGCUGAAACUAGUAUUCACGGACAGUAAAAGACUAGACAUCCUUCUGAAGUACAUCACAACGGACUCUAGUGUUUCAGUUAUAGUGCUGACUGACGGGACUGCUUCUUCCGACCAAGAGGCAGCAGCGUCGGGGGUUGGUAUUGACAUCAAGUCUCUUGCUGAGAUUGAAUCACUCGGAGAGAAAGCGCUCCAAUCCUUCUUACCUCCUGUUGCUUCAGAUGUAGCUCUGAUUUGUUAUACCAGUGGUACCACUGGCCUGCCCAAGGGAGCAAUGAUCACUCAUAAUAAUGUAGGCUCAGUAUGCGGGGUUAUUAUCAAGAACCUGUGGGGAUUCAAAGUGGACCACAACGAUGUCUUCAUAUCCUACCUCCCCGCCGCUCACGUCUACGAAUUUGCAAUGGAGUGUUUCCUCGCAUCCCUCGGUGCCAGCAUUGGUUUUUAUCAGGGAAACAUUAAGCUGCUACUGGACGAUAUCGCUCACCUGCAACCCACAGUAUUCCCGUCUGUACCACGUGUGUUGAACAAACUCCACGACAGAAUUAUGGAGGGUAUUGGACAGAAACCCGCUUUCGUUCAGUGGCUGAUCGGCAAAGCUACGGAGAGCAAGCUCGCAGAGGUAGAACAAGGUAUAUGCCGACAAAACUCAGUGUGGGACUACCUGAUAUUUAAGAAGAUCAGAAAGCUGCUGGGAGGCAACAUCCGGCUUGUCAUCACUGGGUCAGCCCCCAUUGCUCCCAGUGUGUUGCAAUGGUACAGAUCAGUAUUAGGAUGUUUCGUGAUAGAAGGGUACGGACAAACAGAAAACUGUGGUGUGGGAACUAUGUCCAUGUACGGAGACACCAUCCCAGGGCACGUGGGUACACCCGCCCCCGGUACCAACAUUAAACUUGAUGACGUGCCCGAUAUGAACUAUAGGGCCAGCGAGGGCAAGGGCGAGGUUUGUCUCAAGGGGCCGAUCGUAUUCAAAGGAUACUAUCAAGACCCAGAGAAGACCGCAGAAACGAUAGACAGUGACGGCUGGCUGCACACCGGGGACAUAGGAACAUGGACCCCACAUGGCUGUCUCCAGAUAAUCGACCGUAAAAAGAACAUCUUCAAGUUGGCUCAGGGAGAAUACAUCGCCCCAGAGAAGAUAGAGAUCGCGUACGAGGGCAGCCCUCUUGUCGCACAGUGUUUCGUCUACGGUGACUCCUUGAAGGCUACCCUUGUUGCAGUCGUCGUGCCUGAAGAAGCUGCUGUCAAAGCUAAAUACGGAGAGAAAGUUACCCUCCAGGAAGCUUGUGGAAAGAAGGAAGUGUAUGAUGAGGUGAUGAGCGAACUGGCCAGGAUCGGUAAGCCCGUGUUGAAAGGAUUUGAGCAGGUGAAAAAGGUGCACCUUCACCACGAACUCUUUUCUGUAGAAAACGACAUGGCGACGCCAACAUUCAAGAAGAAGAGGGUUAACAUCGCAGGGAACUUUAAGGGACAGCUCGCUAAGUUAUAUGAGGGCCUUGAUUAGUAUUUUGAAGUGGUCAGGGUGUAUGUACCGUGUUAUAUCGGAUAUCGUUAGUACAGCGAAUAAAAUUGAUACAUGUUUUUACCAUGUGAUAACUGAAUUGUUGAUUACGUAGUGCCUACUGCCUGAUAGAAGCAAUUAUUAUCCUAAUCAGAUUAUGAAAUCGCCACUCUCUUUUCACGUCUCGUUAUGUUGAUUUAUAGGUUUUUUUGUCGCGCAACAACAACAAUAGUUGGCGCAGUUAGCGUCAAAUACUCAAGAUCUCAGUAACAAUUUACUAAUUUGACCAAUUCCAAUAUCUUCUUACACGGUUUCCUGGUCUGUUAGGUAUCUAGAGUAUACAUCAGUCGCUGUGUACUGUGUAGUGUAUAGACAGAGCAUACAUCUUGUAUUUUUACUAGCUGCUGUAUUUUGACAUCUGAAAUGAAUGAGGUAAUGACUUGUUCUGUGUUCAAUGAGAAAUGUGAACCAGAUACCGCAUUUUUUAAAUUAGUAGCAGUAGUAGUAGUAGUAGUAGUAGCGACGGAGAUGUGUGCAUUGCUGCGCUCAGCGAUUACAGUAGAACCGGAAAACAUACUGGAAGUAAUGCAUAACAUAACAUUUUCUGCAUAAUUGCAUGCGUUUCAUGAGAGUGGUGGUUGAAAAAGAAGUAAGCAUUGAUUUUUUGUAGUUUGAUGUUUAAUGAUAUGAUAGUCAAUAUAAAUUAUUUACUUCGUAAAAUUGUAUCUGUUGAAAUUUAACUUAUCAAACUGAAGGUGAGGGUAUUUGUUGACUAUAAUAAAGCAUUUAAAUGGCGUUUUAAAUCGUUGUAAAGUGUUUAUUGUGAUCCUAAGGAUUAGAAACUGACAAGAUUGGAUAUGAUAAAGACCAAAGAGAAGAUGAAAGUAUCUUGACUCAUGACUCAGAGUGGUAUUGGAUGGAAGGAUUGUGCUUAUAUUAGUGUGAUUAAUCGAUAUGUACACAGCUUGUUAGCACCGAAAUGAAAUAGUUUUUGCGUGUUGAUACUUGAUAUUUAGUACUUGCUAAAAUUUGUAUUGUAAA